CAGGAGGAAAGAUGGCAGUUCACAGGUGUAGUCACUCCGUCUGGCUGCUUCUUCUUAGUUUGUCAACGUUUCUCGUUGCAGGGAGUAAAGAAACGUCUUUAAAUGACGACCACCAAGCCGGCGGGGUCCAUAAUCCGCAGACGGCCGAGCAGCCUGCGGUGGGAGAAGCAGCCGGAGUUCCAGGCGAUGCUGCAGCCCCUUCAACAGCCUCCCAUGACUCCCACACCAAAACACAACCUGAAGACGACUUUCAGGAGGAGCUGGUGAUCAGGCCGCUUCACUCUGGAGAUAUUUAUGCCAGCUUCCAGUUCCGCACCGUGUGGGAAACAGAUUUCAUGGGAGGAAACAAAGUGUCCCAUUACAGGCUGUUCCCUAAGUCUCUGGGUCAGGUCCUCUCCAAGUUCUCAGUGCAAGAGCUGCACAUUUCCUUUACACAAGGCUACUGGAGGACCAUGCAGUGGGGGCAGCCGUUUAUGCCUUCGCCUCCGGGAGCCGAGCUCUGGGUUUGGUUCCAGAACUCUGUGACAGAUGUGGACGCAACCUGGAAGGAGCUGACCAACGUUUUGUCAGGGAUCUUCUGCGCUUCGCUGAACUUCAUUGACUCCACCAACACUGUUCAGCCCAGCGCCUCCUUCAAGCCCCUGGGAAUAAGCAACGAAACUGACCACCGCUUCCUUCGCUAUGCGACCCUUCCAAGAGAAAUUGUCUGCACUGAGAAUUUGACACCCUGGAAGAAACUCUUGCCAUGUGGAUCCAAGGCUGGUCUUGCUGUGCUGUUGAAGUCAGAAAAACUCUUCCACAGCAGUUUUCAUUCCCAGGCGGUACACAUACGACCCGUGUGUCAGGACUGGCAGUGCAAAACCACAUCCUGGGAGCUGAGACAGACGCUGAACGUAGUCUUUGAUCUGUACACCUCUGGACAGAGCAAGAGAGAGUGGUCUUUCUUCAAGAUGUUCUCUCGGACCCUGACGGAAGCAUGUCCGCUAGCGUCCUCCAGUAAAAUAUACAUCGACGUCACAGACAACCCUCAGGAGGAGCAGUUUGAGCUGGUCCCAGCGACUCCCCUGCUGAGUCAGGCCGUGGUCCUGGGGGACAGACGGACCUUCUCUGUCUACGAUCUGACCCAACAAAUCACCUUUGGCACCGUGCGCUCGCUCAACGUGCUGAUCCGCUGGAAAUCUAAUGAAGGAGACAUGCUCCGGCCCUUGCUCCAUGCCGAGCGUUACGUGGCUGGAUACGGACUUCAGACCGGAGAGAUUCAUACUUUGAUGUACAACAACCACCCGUUCAGGUCCUUCCCGGUGCUCCUGAUGGAGUCGGUGCCCUGGUACCUGCGUCUCUACAUCCACACGCUCACUGUCACCAGCAAAGGCAAGGACAACAAGCCAAGUUACAUUCACUAUCAACCAUCUAAGGACCGUGUGCGGCCUCACCUGCUGGAGAUGUUGAUCCAGCUUCCUCCACACUCGUUUACUGAGGUUACAGUGCAGUUUGAGCGGGCUCUGCUUAAGUGGACCGAGUACACACCUGAUCCCAACCAUGGCUUCUAUGUUGGGUCUUCAAUUAUCAGUUCUCUUGUACCAAGCACUGUCGCCAUGGAUACGAACAUCACUCAAGAACGACCACUGUUCAGCAGCUUUUUUCCCUGUAAAGAGGAGUCCAGCUACUUUAUGCGAGUCUACACGGAGCCAUUGUUAGUUAACCUACCCACUCCUGACUUCAGCAUGCCCUAUAAUGUCAUCUGCCUGACGUGCACGGUCGUGGCCGUCGGCUAUGGCUCCCUUUACAACCUGCUGACCCGAAGCUUCCAGAUUGAAGAGCCCAACCCAGCACUGGCCAAGCGGAUCGCCAACUUCAUCCGCAAGCUAAGGGGUGUACCCCCGCUCUGAGGUUGGAUAAAAAUGCAUCCACUGGUGCGGAUGCUUUGCCUUUUUGGGAAAUCACUGGAAACUGGACAACGUUCAGGGAAAAACUGGGUCAAGCACUGAUAUGUUUUGAAAAUAGUCAUUUUAAAGGGUAAAAGACAGCUUUGCUCACCAUUAAUAUAUGAAGGAUGACUUGCUGGAUUUAAAAAAAAUGGACACGGUUCAUUGUGGAUAAUAAGAUUGUUGCAUUUAAUUGAGGCUUGUGAUGGUGGGGAUUGUUUUUGUGUUUUGGAUAACUUUUGUUUGGUAACUUUACUGCAACAUAAUGUAUAUAAAGGGGACCUAUUAUGAAAAACACUCCGGAGCUACUCACCGGUCCGGUGCUCCGGAGCUAAAUACUUAGCCCAUGCAAAGAUCAUACUUGUAAACAAAUAUAAAUAACAUAAAAGGAUAACGUCACUUACCGCUGCCUCGUGUGCAGUUGCCGGGUCCGUUCUGUUGGAACUGAUCGUUUUAUGAGGGUAAAUGUCGAUGCAAAACCUAAUUUUCACUGUCCCUCGUUGUUCAAACAGCCACACGAUAACCCGCUUCCAAACAAUGGCGGACGCUCCGGCCGGCAGAGUUAGUUGUGGGCGUGGUUUCAGCAUUGGAGGCCAAACCUCUGCGCCUAUCGUGACGUCACCAUAGGCACAGAUUCUGAACGGCUCGUAAAAGUCACAUGACACUGGAAGAUUCAGCCGGGCGGGGUGAACAGACCCUGCAGAAUUCGGUUGCUUUCCAUCUUCUCUGUGUUGGCAGGGUGAGGGGAGACCACUUUAUAUAUGUUAAAACAAGAAAAAACGUGUUUUUCAUAAUAGGUCCCCUUUAACUAUCACUGAACCAUACUGCUAUUGUGGGGAAACCGGUGAAAAUGAUCGCAUUCUGGUACUGGUUAGACCUUAAACUACACAAUUCAAAGUUUUGUAUAUUUGACUCCUACCAAGGGAAAUACAUGAAGUCAUGGUGACUUUGUCAGAAUGAUAUUAACUUAUUUAUGGACAAUUCUAAAUUCACAAACAGUCCAGAGAAAAUCCUUUACUAAUGAAUCCCUUUUUAUUAGCUGGCAUGUUUUCUGUCUUGUUUUAAGAUAUUGUAUGCAAAUGAUAUGAACACAUUUUUAUAUGGAAAAUAAUUGUUUUGUUUUUCUUUUCUUUACACAUGUUUAUAAAAACCCAUUUCCUAUAACUGAUUCAUUCUGUUGAGAGAUGUGAUCAGGGUUGUCCGAAUCCCAGCUGUCACCAGGUGAGAUGACAGAUUCAUCCUGACCAUUACAAUAUCAGUCAUACCUGCACGAAGAAAUACUACCAUUUGUAUAUUCAACCUUACUACAUGUACAUAUCCCCACUCAUUUUCACUUCCUGUAAAGUGUGCAUGUGAAUGUUUGAACUCUGAUGUUGUUUUCUCUUCUAACUUGCAUCUUUUCUCUUCACUACUAAGUGAAGAGACUAAGAGAGAUUGCAUCAUUCUGAGUUGUACCUGUGUUGUAAGAACUGGAUUAUAUCUGUGUCUGUUUGUUUCAAUAAACACAGAUAUCGCUGUCUUUGACCUGGCAGCAAAGUCUCACCUCUGCAGGUCUGCCAAAAAACAGAGGAACAGGCAGUUUUCAUCAGUCAAUUUUGUCAGUUCAUUGUUUUUUUCUUUUUUUCAUUGAAAUAAAAUAAAUGGCAGUUUAGCUGGAAAAAAAAAAAAACUGAUAUUGCUGAUAUUGAUAAGAAUGUCUUUCCAAAAAGGUUCCCUCCCCCUUUAAAGGAGCAUACUUUCAUCGGAGGCUUCAUUUCAAGAUAUGCGUGUUUGGGCUAUUUCACUCCACUAAUUUCUUUCACAUUCACUUCAUUACAUCAAUAAUUAUUCAUAGUUGCACUGAAGCAUAUUGUAACUGUGGCAGAAUGAAUUUGUUAUUUUGAGAUUGAUUUGAUAUUAAACUACACCAUGAUGUCUGGGUUUAUUUAGUAAAAUCAUUACUUUUGGUUUUCUGUUGUUUCUGACCUGUUUACCAUCUCCCCGCCAGGAGAGAUCAGAUAACAACACCGGGAGUCACAGUGACUUUGUCAGAACGACAUUUUGUUAAACAGAAUCAAGCUUCAGCCAUGACUGUUAAAUAUUGUUUCCAGAAACUUUUAUUAAAAAAAAUAAAUAAAUCA